CGGAAGCGGCCGGAGUGGUGGCCGCAGAAGGCGGAGUGAGUGUCGCGGGUAUAUUCGUGGUGGGCCCCGCGGUGGGAACUCUGCUACUUCCUCCUAGUGGUUCUGCGCCAGGCCGCCAUGAAGGACUCGCUGGUGCUGCUGGGCCGUGUCCCAGCACACCCGGACUCUCGCUGCUGGUUCCUGGCUUGGAACCCCGCGGGAACCCUGCUGGCCUCGUGCGGGGGAGACCGCAGAGUCCGCAUUUGGGGCAUGGAAGGUGACAGCUGGAUCUGCAAAUAUGUCCUUUCCGAAGGCCACGAGCGCACUGUGCGGAAGGUGGCCUGGUCUCCCUGCGGCAAUUACCUGGCCUCUGCCAGCUUUGAUGCUACCGCUUGCAUUUGGAAGAAGAUCCAGGAUCACUUUGGGGUAACCAGGCUGGAUGGGACCAGGAUUGUGCUCCUUUGUUUCCCAAGGCUGGUUCAGGAAUGUGUAACCACUCUGGAGGGCCAUGAAAAUGAGGUCAAGUCAGUGGCCUGGGCCGCAUCUGGCAACCUCCUUGCCACCUGCAGCCGAGAUAAGAGUGUGUGGGUCUGGGAAGUUGAUGAAGAAGAUGAGUACGAAUGUGUCAGUGUCCUCAACUCCCAUACACAGGAUGUCAAGCAUGUGGUCUGGCACCCGAACCAGGAACUGUUAGCCUCUGCCAGCUAUGAUGACACAGUGAAGCUCUACCGGGAGGAAGAGGAUGACUGGGUAUGCUAUGCCACCCUUGAGGGCCAUGAGUCCACUGUGUGGAGCUUGGCCUUUGACCCCAGUGGUCAGCGUCUGGCUUCUUGCAGUGACGACCGCACAGUGCGCAUCUGGCGCCAGUAUUUACCAGGCAACGAGCAAGGGGUGGCAUGCAGCGGCUCUGAUCCCAGCUGGAAGUGUAUCUGCACUUUGUCAGGCUUCCACUCCAGGACCAUUUACGACGUCGCUUGGUGUCAGCUGACUGGGGCGCUAGCUACAGCCUGUGGGGACGAUGCCAUCCGAGUGUUUGAGGAGGACCCCGGCUCAGACCCUCAGCAGCCCACCUUCUCCCUGACAGCCCACUUGCCUCAGGCCCAUUCCCAGGAUGUCAACUGUGUUGCCUGGAACCCCAAGGAGCAGGGACUCUUGGCCUCCUGCAGUGAUGAUGGGGAGGUGGCUUUCUGGAAGUAUCAGCGGCCUGAAGGCCUCUGAGCCACCUGACUCUGGUUCCCCAGGAAACGUCCAGGACUCUCCUUGCCCGAGAGGACCUGGAGGAGCAUCCUGGCUUUCGAUGAACUUGGCUCUUGGAUUUGGAGCUGGGUAGCCGUGCUGGGCCACAGAACCACUCCCUCCCCUUCUUGACACAGGCCCUGGUGGAGAGCUACGAACAGCGGCACUUUGUGACUGUGCCACAGAUUCUGCUUUAGGACCCAGUGUUCAAGUUUGGGGGCGUAAAUAUAACAUUUGUGAUCACUGUA